AAAACCCACCAUUCUUAUAGUCUCCUUUUUUCUUAUGCAAACUACCUAAAUUCGUCAGAUCCAGUAAGAGAAGCUCAAAUUGAAGUGCAAGACAUGGAUUUGGGAACACACGGAGAAGGGUUUUCCUGUGACGAAGCUCAUGAGCAAAUGGUGAGAGGUAAGCUCCCUUUCUCUUAUUACUCUUCCUCCUCCCCCUACGAAGCUGCUUCCGAUGCCAAUAAACUUCAUGAGCUGGUGAUAGACUCGUCCCCAAGAAACGAGGAUGACGAUGUCAGACGUGGGGACUCCCAGGACGAUGGCGUUGGUGCUGGGAGCACUACUACUGGUCGAGGAAUCAAUAUCAUGGAGAGAGAGCAUAUGCUCGAUAAGAUUGUGACUCCAAGGCUCACACGAUAUCCAUUUUCAGUCCAAUUUCUUCUUCUGGUCGUUUCUCGAGAAAAUUCUUCUUGCAUCAAAUUUUUUUGGGUCAUGGAAAUGGGGGGAAAGGUGAAGAGAGGUGCUGCAGGGAGGAAGGGAGGCGGUCCCAAGAAGAAACCGGUGUCCCGGUCCGUUAAAGCUGGUCUGCAGUUCCCCGUUGGACGAAUCGGCCGGUACUUGAAGAAAGGCCGUUACUCUCAGCGUGUGGGCACCAGUGCUCCUGUUUACCUCGCCGCUGUACUCGAGUACCUAGCCGAUGAACGUAUGGAAAGCAAAGUAAAGAACGGGUUCGACCCGAUCCUUAUUUUUUUGGUCGGGUCGAUCUGCAUCCGUGAGGCUUUUCCUGCGGAUCGGGUCGGGUCGGACCAAAAUCUGGACGGGUCGGAUUGUUGUGCAGGCCUAGUUGCAGCAGCUAUGUGUUGA